AUGCCCCCUCCUACGGCCAGCAGUAAAGCUCGGGUCUACACCGAUGUCAACACGCAGAAGAGCAGGGAAUACUGGGACUACGAUGCACACGUGCCAAGCUGGAGGUAAAGAAAGACGUAGCUGUUUUACUAACUGUUACUAGGGUUCUCCAACUCCCAAUCCUUGAGAGCUGGGUGUGCAGGCUUUCAUUCCAAACCUACAGGGUUUGAUCAAAAGCCCUGUUUAUCACCCAGUUGCUCUUCGGGCCAGGAGUCAGGAGAACCCUGAUGUAAAUGUGUAUUAUCCCCUUCUAAGUGUAUAUAAUCCUGUCUGAUAACACACUGCAUUCAUGUGCUCUUACCGUUUCCCGCUGGUCUCUUCUCAUAAUUCUCUUGUGGUGCUCUUCCCUCUGCAGUAAUCAGGACAACUACCAGUUGGUACGUAAACUGGGCAGAGGGAAAUACAGCGAGGUGUUUGAAGCCAUCAAUGUCAGCAACAAUGAGAAAGUGGUGGUUAAAAUCCUCAAGGUGAGCCGCUGUCAUUUGAUGUGUUUGAAUGUUUUUUGGUAGGAGUGUAUAUAAUGGAGGUAGUCGGCCCCUCAACCUAGACAUGUGUCCCCUGCCUAAAACACUUGGCCUUCUGUUGGCUUCAGUUGAACAGGGUCAUAUUCAUUAGUGUAGAGUUAAGUUCCCCCCCCCCCGUUUGGGUCCAAUUGUUUCCGUUUGGUUCCAGUGAAUACAACCCUGCCUGGUUGGGUCUUUUGUUGUGCUAAGUCUGGAAAUGAUUGACCAAUCACCUGUUUCAGCCCGUCAAGAAGAAGAAGAUCAAGCGAGAGAUUAAGAUCCUGGAGAACCUGCGUGGUGGAACCAACAUCAUCCGCCUGGUGGACACAGUGAAGGAUCCUGUGGUAUGUCUCUCUCAUAGAAAUAUCAUCUCUAGAAGGGGCUUAGAUCCUCUAACACUCCUAUGGGUAAACUCACAAUGGCUGGCAGUCCACCCAUUAUACCAUCAAUGACUUGACAGGAGAGGCCUGUUCUAUAGAUUAUAUUUCUAUGGUCUCUCCGGUCAGCCCCAGUACUCUGUUCUAUAGAUUAUAUUUCUAUGGUUCUCUCCGGUCAGCCCCAGUACUCUGUUCUAUAGAUUAUAUUUCUGUGGUUCUCUCCGGUCAGCCCCAGUACUCUGUUCUAUAGAUUAUAUUUCUAUGGUUCUCUCCGGUCAGCCCCAGUACUCGGUUCUAUAGAUUAUAUUUCUGUGGUCUCCGGUCAGCCCCAGUACUCUGUUCUAUAGAUUAUAUUUCUAUGGUUCUCUCCGGUCAGCUCCAGUACUCUGUUCUAUAGAUUAUAUUUAUAUGGUUCUCUUCGGUCAGCCCCAGUACUCUGUUCUAUAGAUUAUAUUUAUAUGGUUCUCUCCGGUCAGCCCCAGUACUCUGUUCUAUAGAUUAUAUUUCUAUGGUUCUCUCCGGUCAGCCCCAGUACUCUGUUCUAUAGAUUAUAUUUCUAUGGUCUCUCCGGUCAGCCCCAGUACUCUGUUCUAUAGAUUAUAUUUAUAUGGUUCUCUCCGGUCAGCUCCAGUACUCCAUUGGGUGCAUUUUUAUUUGCAUUUAGGGGUGUGACCUCCCCUCCAUGACAAGGGAAGUGAUGAGCCCGCACCCACACAGUGAGGUGCUGACUAACAGAUUUACAUUUGACUCAGUUAGCAGACUCUUAUCCAGAGCCUCUCACGGUUAGUGCAUUCAUCUUAGCUAGGUAAGACAACCACAUAUCACAGUCAUAGUAAGUCAAACUUUUCCUUUUCUGCUAUCAUUAAAGUUAGAGGUAAACUCUAGAAUGAGAGAAUACGCUGAUGAACUAGAGAUCCUGGUUCGAAUCCAGGCUCUGUCGUAGCUGGCCGCGACCGGGAGACCCAUGGGGCGGCGCACAAUUGGCCCAGCGUCGUCCAGGGUAGGGGAGGGAAUGGCCGGCAGGGAUGUAGCUCAGUUGGUAGAGCAUGGCGUUUGCAACGCCAGGGUUGUGGGUUCGAUUCCCACGGGGGGCCAGUAUGAAAAAAAAUUAAAAUGUAUGCACUCACUAACUGUAAGUCGCUCUGGAUAAGAGCGUCUGCUAAAUGACUAAACUGUAAAUGUAAAAUGAAGUCUAUUUAGACAAUAGAUCCACAAGCAAGGAGAGAUAUGAGUGUGAGACUUUUUUCAUUGUAUUGUGAUUGGAUGUCCUCAACAAUAGAACUCUCUCACUGCCAUCUUUAUUUUUUAAUAAUCAAGGAUGCAUUCUCCCAUCUUCUCUCUUUGCAGUCUAGAACGCCAGCACUUGUCUUUGAGUGCAUCAAUAACACAGAUUUUAAGGUACUGAUGUUUGGUGAAUAUCAUGCUUUCAUGUGAAACUACUACAAAAAAACAUUCAUGUAAAGUUACUGAUCUCUCUCUAAGGUAGUUGUGUGUUUGAAACGUUAACAGACAUGGAAAUAUACUGAUAUCAUAUAACAAAUACUUUUCACUUUAAUAGGUAAACAUUUUGAAAGUACAGUCCAUUCGGAAAGAAUUCAGACCCCUUUACUUUUCCCACAUUUCUUUACGUUACAGCCUUAUUCUAAAAUGGAUUAAAACAUGUGUUCCCCCCCUCAUCAAUCUACACACAAUACCCCAUAAUGACAAAACAAAAACAGGUGUUUAGAAAUGUUUUUUUUUUAAUAAUCUGAAAUAUCACAUUUACAUAAGUAUUCAGACCCUUUACUCAGUACUUUGAUGAAGCACCUUUGGCAGUGAUUACAGCCUUGAGUCUUCUUGGGUAUGACGCUACAAGCUUGGCACACCUGUAUUUGGGGAGUUUCUCCCAUUCUUCUCUGCAGAUCCUCUCAAGCUCAGGUUGGAUAGGGAGCGUCGCUGCACAGCUAUUUUCAGGUCUUUACAGAGAUGUUCGAUCAGGUUCAAGUCUGGGCUCUGGCUGGGCCACUCAAGAACAUUCAGAGACCUGUCCCAAAGCAACUCCUGUGUUGUCUUGGCUGUGUGAUUAGGGUGGUUGUCCUGUUGGAAGGUGAACCUUUGCCUCAGUCUGAGGUCCUGAGCGCUCUGGAGCAGGUUUUCACCAAGGAUCUCUCUGUACUUUGCUCCGUUCAUCUUUCCCUCGAUCCUGACUAGUCUCCCAGUCCCUGCCGUUGAAAAACAUCCCCACAGCAUGAUGCUGCCACCAUCAUGCUUCACCAUAGGGAUGGUGCCAGGUUUCCUCUAGACGUGACGCUUGGCAUUCAGGCCAAAAAGUUCAAUCUUGGUUUCAUCAGACCAAAUAAUCUAGUUUCUCAUGGUCUGAGAGUCUUUAGGUGCCUUUUCGCAUACUCAAAGUGGGCUGUCAUGUGCCUGGUGGAGUGCUGCAGAGAUGGUUUUCCUUCUGGAAGGUUAUCCCACCUCCACAGAGGAACUCUGGAGCUCUGUCAGAGUGACGAUCAGGUUCUUGGUCACCUCCCUGACCAAGGCCCUUCUCCCCCGAUUGCUCUAGGAAGAGUCUUGGUGGUUCUAAACUUCUUUCAUUUAAGAAUGAUGGAGACCACUGUGUUCUUGGGGACCUUCAAUGCUGCAGAACUGUUUUGGUACCCUUCCCCAGAUCUGUGCCUUGACACAAUCCUGUCUCGGAGCUCUACGGACAAUUCCUUCGACCCCCAUGGCUUGGUUUUUGCUCUGACAUGCACUGUCAACUGUAGGACCUUACAGUGGCUUGCGAAAGUAUUCAACUCCCCUUGGCAUUUUUCCUAUUUUGUUUCCUUACCUGGAAUUAAAAUGGAUUUUUUGGGGGUUUGUAUCAUUUGAUUUAUACAACAUGCCUACCACUUUGAAGAUGCAAAAUCUUUUUUAUUGUGAAACAAACAAGAAAUAAGACAAAAAAAACAGAAAUUGAGCGUGUAUAACUCCCCCUCAAAGUCAAUACUUUGUAGAGCCACCUUUUGCAGCAAUUACAGCUGUAAGUAUCUUGGGGUAUGUCUCUAUAAGCUUGGUACAUCUAGCCACUGGGAUUUUUGCCCAUUCUUCAAGGAAAAUCUGCUCCAGCUCCUUCAAGUUGGAUGGGUUCCGCUGGUGUACAGCAAUCUUUAAGUCAUACCACAGAUUCUCAAUUGAAUUGAGGUCUGGGCUUUGACUAGGCCAUUCCAAGACAUUUAAAUGUUUCCCCUUAAAGCACUCAAGUGUUGCUUUAGUAGUAUGCUUAGGGUCAUUGUCCUGCUGGAAGUUGAACCUCCGUCCCAGUCUCAAAUCUCUGGAAUACUGAAACAGGUUUCCCUCAAGAAUGUCCCUGUAUUUAGCGCCAUCCAUCAUUCCUUAAAUUCUGACCAGUAUCCCAGUCCCUGCCGAUGAAAAACAUCCCCACAGCAUGAUGCUGCCACCACUGUGCUUCACUGUGGUGAUGGUGUUGUCGGUGUGAUAAGAGGUGGUGGGUUUGCGCCAGACAUAGCAAUUUCCUUGAUGGCCAAAAAGCUCAAUUUUUUGUCUCAUCUGACCAGAGUACCUUCUUCCAUAUGUUUGGGGAGUCUCCCACAUGCCUUUUGGCAAACACCAAACGUGUUUGCUUAUUUUUUUCUUUAAGCAAUGGCUUUUUUCUGGUCACUCUUCCGUAAAGCCCAGCUCUAUGGAGUGUACGGAUUAAAGUGGUCCUAUGGACAGAUACUCCAAUCUCCGCUGUGGAGCUUUGCAGCUCCUUCAGGGUUAUCUUUGGUCUCUUUGUUGCCUCUUUGAUUAUGCCCUCCUUGCCUGGUCCGUGAGUUUUGGUUGGGGGCCCUCUCUUGGCAGGUUUGUUUUGGUGCCAUAUUCUUUCCAUUUUUUAAUAAUGGAUUUAAUGGUGCUCCGUGGGAUGUUCAAAGUUUCAGAUAUUUUUUUAUAACCCAACCCUGAUCUGUACUUCUCUACAACUUUGUCCCUGACAAGUUUGGAGAGCUCCUUGGUCUUCAUGGUGCCGCUUGCUUGGUGGUGUCCCUUGCUUACUGGUGUUGCAGACACUUAUAUUGCACACAGGUGGACUUUAUUUAACUAAUUGUGUGACUUCUGAAGGUAAUUGGUUGCACCAGAUCUUAUUUAGGGGCUUCAUAGCAAAGGGGGUGAAUACGUAUGCACGUACCACUUCUCCGUUAUUAAUUUUUUAUAAUUUUUUGAAACAACAAUUUUUUUCACUUCACCAAUUUAGACUCUUUUGUGUCCAUUACAUGAAAUCCAAAUAAAAAUCCAUUUAAAUUACAGGUUGUAAUGCAACAAAAUAGGAAAAACACCAAGGGGGAUGAAUUAUUUAGCUAGGCACUGUAUAUAGACAGGUGUGUGCCUUUCCAAAUCUUGUCCAGUCAAUUGAAUUUACCACAGGUGGACUCAAUCAAGUUUUUUGAAACAUCUCAAGGAUGAUCAAUGGAAACAGGAUGCACCUGAGCUCAAUUUCGAGUCUCAUAGCAAAGGGUCUGAAUACUUAUGUAAAUAAGGCAUUUAACAAAUAUAUAUAUAUUACAUUUGCCAAUAUUUUUAAAAACCUGUUUUCGCUUUGUCAUUAUGGGGUGUUGUGUGUAGAUUGAGGACUUUUUUUUUUCUUUAAUCCAUUUUAGAAUAAGGCUGUUAUGUAACAAAAUGUGGAAAAAGUGAAGGGGUAUGAAUACUUUCCCGAAUGCACUGUAGUUAACCUUUUUGUUUAAUCUCAUUCACAGGAGCUUUACCAGAAGUUAACAGACUUUGAUAUUCGUUUCUACGUGUACGAGCUUCUCAAGGUAAGGGAAGUUGGCAGGUUCCCCCAUACUUGGCUCUGUUGCAUCCCACUUCAAAUAAUUUGGCUUCAAUUGUUUUCCAUUGACUAUUUUUUUUUUUGUGUGCAAGACGGCCUGGAGAGAGUCUUCAGAUAGAGACUGUGUAUUCUAGACUAAUGCGUGUUCCGCUGUGUUGUCUCGUCUCCUACAGGCUCUGGACCACUGCCAUAGCAUGGGGAUCAUGCACAGGGAUGUCAAACCACACAACGUCAUGAUCGACCACCAGAUGAGAAAG